AUGCGCUCGUGUAUGAAUUGUGAAAAACAAAACACAAUACACAAGACAGUAAAAAGUCUACCAAGCGUUCGAGUCUACGGUCUCGAGCUCGGUGUUAGUUGGGUUUACUCUAGAAGGGUGGGUGUAGAGUGGGGAGUUGCGGAAGUAUACUACUCUAUGCUAUUCUGA